CUAAUCAGCAGACGACCCGUUCGCGGCGCACACUUUCUUUUCCCGCCAAAACAAAGUCACUAUCGCUUUUUGUUCAUGCGCGUGAGGAGCCUUUCAAACAAGUUCUUGUCAUCUCGUCAUGCUUCCCUAUCCUAGCAGGAAAAGCGAUGGAAGUUUACGCUUCCUAGCAUUCACUGACCUACACCUUCCGUCUUCAACUUUCUAUCUUCGCGCUUUUUCUAACCGUCGCACACCCCAAAGUUGCCUGGAGCCUUUGUGAAAAAAAUCGUCUCUUUGAAUACGCUUUUUUGCCUCUUAGAUGAAAUGUUCGUAAUGCUUUAUGCCUUGAGAGAUGUUGGAACGAAGAUAUACCGCUUAUCUUAUCGUCAAUCGUGAUCAACCUGGUGAUUGAGAUGUCAAUUGACUGGAGGUAAGGCGUGAGAGAAUGCAGAGCACUCCAGAAUUGGGUCCCUCGCGAAGCUCAUAGUCCUGAACAAAAAAAAGCGAAAAUGCAUCUUCGAAUGUGAAAUUAUUUGCGGAGAAAAGGUACACAUUUACUGAGCCAACCAGUCCUUGAUGGAUGUAACGAGUCAACACAAAUUUAUUCAGGAUGCCGGAGCCAAACCAAAUAUCAAUUCACUUUGGUGUCAGAUUCAGAGGAUUACAACAAUUUUAGACACAAAGAUUAAGUAUUAAAAUCGUCGGACUCGGGGAUUGUGUUACCAAAAGCAACGCGACCCGAUUCUGGUUCCUUUGCCCAGGAGGGUUAGGUUAACGCGUUAGUACGAGGGAAUUGAGGAAUUUUUCAAUUUUUAGUUGUUGAUUGGGAUCCGUGUAAGAUGUCACGGUCACCAGUGAGCGAUAGACCCUUGGAGAGUGGGAGGGAGAACGGGUGUUGUCGGCAAACUAACAAUAAGACGAAGAGCCUGCAGCUCCUCCAUCAUAUGACUGAUUCACAGAAGCCGCUGGUAGCGAGAUGUGAAUCUGAAGGAGUGGAAAUCACAGCGGUAAGGAUGCCAGGUAAACGAGAACAUAUCGUAAACUUCGUCUCACGGUCACGUAAGGGCACGGGAGAGGAUGAAGUCCGUGUGUCGGGAGGAGCAGGUUAUCGACAUCGCAACCGUCGAUGUCCACCAAACUGCAUGAAGAGCAUCCUUUGUUUCGCCGUCCUCAUCCUCUUCAUCAUCACUUUCGUAUUAGUCGCGCUCCUUGUACGGGGCACAUGUGAUCACCUUUUCAACGCGUCCUCGAACACAAGUGUUGUAGAGAACGUAAUCACACCUAGAACAGAACAGGCGACUGAUGCCAAGCCCUCAUCCUCACCAUUAGUGUGGGAAAACUUCCGAUUGCCUACCAACCUGAAGCCGUCCCAUUACGAACUUAGCUUAAGAACUGACAUUCACCGUGGCAUCUUCGCUGGUAACAUCACCGUUCACUUCACAUGCCUCAAAGAGACAGAUGUCAUCCUACUGCACACAAAAGAUCUGAACUACUCUGUCGAAUCAUUCCGAUUUCUCAAAGAAGGGGGAAACGAAGAAGUCAAUUCAAACGGACCGCCUACUUUCUAUGAAAAGAAUGACUAUCUCGUCCUUCGGACUGUCUCCCCCUUGGAUCAGGGAACGAGGUAUUCACUUAGUAUGCAGUAUGUGGCCGUAUUCAAUGCCAACCUUCUAGGUCUCUACCAAGGCAAGUACGUCACAUCUCAAGGAGUCACAGAACACUAUGUGGCAUCUUUCUUGUCGCCGAUUAACGCUCGACGCGUCUAUCCGUGCUUCGACGAACCCGCCUUUAAAGCUAACUUCUCAAUCAGUAUCAUCCACCCCGUCGGCUACAGCGCCUUCUCUAACAUGGACGUCAUCGGUCGACAGACAAAUCCGACGACCAUGGGUGAUGGUGAGGUGUGGGAAACGACUUCGUUUAGGACCACGCCAGUGAUGUCGACUUACCUAGUUGCUUUCCUUGUGUGCAAAUUCCAAAGCAAAGUGCAAAUUGUCAGGGAAGGAGUUGAGUUUCGAGUUUUGGCAAGAGACGAUGUAAUUGACCAGGCAAACUUCGCACUCGAUAUUGGGGUCAGGCUUUUCAACUUUCUGGAAGAUUACAGUGGUUUCGAUUACCCAUUGCCCAAAUUAGACAUGGUAGCCUUGCCCCAGCUUGUAGUAGCUGGUAUGGAGAAUUGGGGGCUGGUGACAUACCGAGAAUCAUACAUGCUUUACGAUGAACGAGAGACACCGACAGAAACACUUCAAGAGAUAGCUUUUGUAAUCGCUCACGAACUCGGCCAUCAGUGGUAUAGUAACUUGGUUACUCAGGUUUAUUGGGAUGAGCUUUGGCUGAAGGAAUGCUUUGCAACAGUCAUGGGAAAGAUCGCUCUUGAAGAACUCUUUCCAGAGUGGGCAAUGUGGGAUGAGCAAUUUGUGGUGAAGGAUCUGCAGAUGGUAAUGAAACUGGAUUCCUUGGUGACGUCACAUCCUAUCCAGCAACCUGUUACUAAAGUGGGUGACAUCAUGGACAACUUUGACAUGAUCAGCUAUCAGAAAAGUCCAGCCAUUCUUCGAAUGCUUCAACACAGCAUAAGAUAUGAAACCUUUAAGGAGGGUCUUGAGGUUUUUCUCCAGAACAAGCAGUAUGGUAAUGCUGACGCCUGGGAUAUUUGGCGGGCAAUAUCUUCGGUAACUCAGGCUCAUGGCCAGUACCGGGAUAUCAGCGAACUUAUGGCGCCAUGGUUAGGUCAAAUGGGUUAUCCUGUAGUUACUGUGUCACGUGACUGUGGUCAUGACAUGGUUUGUCUUCAUCAGGAGCAUUUCUUAUUGGACAGGGGAAAGACAGAGGUCGCUGAAUCAAAGUACAAAUAUAUUUGGCCUAUUCCGGUGACGUUUUCAUCAGCUGCUAGUAAUGACAUCAUCUCCCCGUAUAUGUACUGGUUGAAUACGAGAGAAGGACGAUUUGCGAUCCCCAAUGUCCAACGUGAUCAGUGGAUAUUGGUGAAUGUCAAUAGGACUGGUUUCUUCAGGACCAAUUAUCACAUCCACAACUGGCGGCUUCUCUCGCGGCAGCUAAUGGAUGACCACACGGUCAUCUCACCAGCCAGUCGUGCCGCGCUGAUUGACGACGUGUUCAGCUUGGCAACAGAAGGUCGUCUGAACUUAUCUGUUGCUCUUGACCUGACUAGAUACCUUGAGAGUGAGAUGGACUAUGUCCCUUGGAAGGGCGCCAUAGUUACAUUUAAAUACAUUGACCGCAUGCUAAGAACAACGCCUGUCUAUGGAAUCUUCAAGGAUUAUAUUCUUCACCAAGCUCAGACUGUUUAUGAUUACGUGGGAUGGAACAACACUGGACCACAUCAGAAAAAGUUAUUACGAGUGAUGAUUCUCCAACAGAUGUGUGCAUAUGGGCAUGAAAGAUGUAUAGACAAGACAAAGAACUUAUUUAGAAACUUUUCAAAUGGCCAUGAGAUUCCGCCCGAUUACCGGAGCUUCGCCUAUAGCACACGGGUAGCCUCUGGGGGACCCGAGAUAUGGGACUCUACCUGGGAUUCCUACAAAGCUAGCUCACCAGCCGAAGCUAAACAUUGGUUGGCGGCACUCACAGCCACGGGGGAACCUUGGCUUAUUAACAGACUUUUAUCCCGCACUCUUGAUCCUGAGCAGCUUACUCUGACUGAUGCAGUCAGUGUGUUCCAGUAUGUAUCACGGAAUCCUAUUGGUGGGUUCCUGGCUUGGAAUUUCUUCAGGGACCAAUGGGAUUUGUUGAAAAAUAGAUAUGGAUCUGGUUUGUUUUUAAUGGGAAACAUAAUCACAGCUGUGACUGAAUGGUUUAAUACACAAUACCAACUCGAAGAGUUGGAGACCUUUAUGUCAAGCAAACACGAAGACUUGGAGAACCUGGCGGGUUUCAGUAACUUCCUUCAAGCGGUUGAUAAGACAAAGGCUAAUAUCAACUGGAUGGAGAACAAUUAUGGACAAAUUGAGGAGUGGCUUGAGAACUGGAAGAGAGAAAACUCUUGAACAAUGGUGAAGCGAUUCAUACUCCACAUCAAGGGUACCUCUAGAGGCGUUGUAAUCACAAGCAUUGGAUCUUUGAAUAUUUCAGUGUUGCUGUCAAGUUAAUGGAACGAACAUGGAAGUGAUGCUUUAUAUUGGAAGUGAGGACAAAUUGGGUGUUGCUGUGAAACAUUUUAGGAAUGAAUGUUUAAAGCCAGGAACUUAAGACAUGAGAAUGUGAAUGUUAAUCACUUCGGAAACAAAGAAGAUGAAGAGUGGACAAGGAUGGAAAAUGUUUUGCAUUGGGAGGUAAAUCUAUGUGAAGAUAGGUGGAAAAAAGAAGAGAGGCAUUUAUGGAACUCUGUCAAUACAGAAACAGACUGAAAGUGCAAUGUGGACUUCAUUGAAGACAAAAAAAAUGGCAUUAGCAUGUGAAACAAACUGUGAGGUGAGAGUUGCUUUAAAGAAGGAAAAGCUAUUACAAGACUGAACGUAAAUCUGGUGGAGCAAAUUAUUAAGUGCUUUAAAACUGCAAGGAAAAGACACGAUACCAAAUACUCAAGGAAUUGAAGUUGAAGACAAUAUCUGCUACAGCGAAUCUAUAUUCAUGAUAGAUGUCCUGAGGUGAAAAUAAAGAGUGGUAAACAAAGAAUGUUAAGAAGUGGAAGCAUAUUAUUUGUCGUUUGUAUGGUUGUAUAUAUCAAAAUAUAGAAGAGAACAACACUUCCUCAUUAGAAAUGUUUAUACUCAGUGUUUUCAUUACUAUGAAAAAGAAAAUUUCAGAGUAUUAGUAAAUGUCUGACAGAGAACAUGAAUGAGAAAUUAUUUGAAACUCUCAGCACAAGUGUAAAGUAUUUAUUGACAGCUUUAGAAGUCCCGACUGGAAGAGAACGCUAUGUGGAAAGAAAAAUGCAUGUAAAGUGUAUCAUGUGAAUAUAUAGAUAUCGUGUGAUGUGUACAGAUUAAACAAUUAUAUUGGAUUGUUUGAGGUAGUCCUAUUUUUGAAAGAAAUUUUGUAUUUUCAUAAUUUGAUCUAAUUAUUUAAUAUUGUGUCUUGGUAUUAUAUAUUUAAUGGAAACAUUUUGUGAGUUGGUGGCCAAUGUCAGUGUGUACAGUUUCUUGUUAUAACUGUUUUAUCAAUACAUAAAUAAUACAGUUAUAUACACAGUAUUCAUCUAAUAUAAAAAGGAUAACGAGAAUUUUAUUUUUCAUUUGUGUUAUACAAAAACUUAGAGAAUAUGAGCUGACUCAGAAUCUUUACUUUGUGAUUAUGAAUUUUAAAGGACAAGUCCACCCCAACAAAAACUUGAUUUGAAUAAAAA